UGUGGCUAUUUUAUCUCACACGGAAAUUCAGCGCGUAUAGCUUACGGGCCCAAGUACUUGUAAAAGUCUUGAAGAGAGAUAGAGAGAGAGAGAGCCAAAACCCUAAACUUUUUUUGAAAUGUCGUCCUCAACCAUGGAUUCCGGUGAAGAGCCACGGUCGAAGAAGCUGGCGAUAGAGCCUACCACCACGACCAAUCUGCCACUUCCAGAGGAGCUAGUAUUGUGCUGCUUGGCCCGCGUCUCAAGGUUGCAUUACCCGAUUCUCUCACUCGUCUCCAAGACCUUUCGUUCUCUCACCUCUUCGCCGGAGCUUUACCAGACCCGAUCUCUCCUAAACCGCACCGAGAACUGUCUCUACGUGUGCUUGCGGUUCCCUAAUGAUCCCGAACUCCGCUGGUUCACUCUCUGUCGGAAACCCGACAAAACCCUAAAGAAGAAAAAGAAGAAGAAAACAUCAACAAGUGGUAAUGUUCUGGGUCAGGUUCGGAUUCUCGGUACUCCUCCUCCAGUGGAAUGGUCGAACCUCGUGGCUGUUGGUCAUAGGCUGUACGCCGUCAGCCCUGGCCCCUGCUCUUCCAAUGCCUUAUUCCUCGACUGUCGAACCCACGCUUGGGUCGAAACUCCGAGCCUGAGGUUUCCCCACACCUUUCCAGAGUGCGCUGGGAUGAUGUAUUUACCAGGAGGCUCAGAGAACCCAGAUUCUGUCAACUGUCUCCAGGUGUUUAACGUACAGACACAAACUUGGAACGUGCCUCCCGGGGAGAAGAAAAUAUUCAGACUCAGAGAUUUACAAGGGAGGGCUUACCAGAACAAUGAUGUAGCGGCGGCGGCUGGGUCUGGGUCUGGGUCUGGGACUGGGACUGGUAGGUGGCUUGUGGUUGCAAGGGUAAAGGAGUAUACAACGCACUUGGAGAGUUGUGAUACUCUUUGUUUGAUAGAUAAAACAUUCUAUCGCUAUGAAUCAUCCAGUGGAAAGCUAGUUUGGUCUAACCGUUACGUGGAAUCAGAUCUUUGGAGGAAAGUUCAAGGUUUGGAAGGACUGCCUAAGUUUCCCCGCUAUAGCAAUGUUUAUUUAGUUCAAAGUUGUGGUGGUAAGUUGGUGGUGUUUUGGGAUAAGCAUGUGCGUUCGCGUGAGGAGAAGAUGAUUUGGUGUGCUGAGAUCUCGCUGGAAACGCGCAGCAGCGGUGAUGGGGUUUGGGGAAAGGUAGAGUGGUUCGAUGCUGUGCUUACAGUCCCAAAGUCUUACAAAUUCGUCUAUGCUAUUGCUGCUACCCUUUGAAUCAGGUUUUAUGUUUUGUUAGUAUGCAUUUCUUGUAGGUAUGUCCUGUUUCUUUUAGAAGAUUAAGUUUAUGAAUGACUAAUGAGACAAGCGGCUUCCAACUUGUAUGAUGCGUUUGUCUUGUGUUUUUAGCCAACAAUGGUUCACUUCUAAACC